UUAGAACGCAGGCUCUGGCAGUUACCAUAGGAGCUGUGGCUGGGCAGAGGGCACCUGGAGCUCCCCUGGGACCUUCCACCUCCAAAGCAGUUGACACUAUGUGUCCAGGGCUGGGUGGCAGAGUCUCGGGAUACCUUGUGACUGCCACGGCGGCCCAGGAUGGAGAAGGACAACCCCUCUGAGUUAGCGACUCCCCCAUCUGUGAAAGCCAUCAUCUCCAGGAUUGAGACGGCGCAGCUGAUGCGGGCUCAAGAGGACAUUGCCAGCCAGCUCUCGGGCAUCCUGGGCAACGUUAACUGUGCCAUCAACCGCUUCCAGGAAGCACUGGGCUAUGAUUUGAAAGAAAAGGCCGACCCUCGCCAGUCAGACCAGAAGAGCAAGGAGAGAUUCACCUUGCUGGAGAAGCUCGCCUCCUUCUCCAGUGGCGCUAAGGCGAAAGAGCAGCAUCUGUGUGAAAUUCGCCGCUGGCUGGCUGACUGGGGUGAAAGUCUCACCUAUGAGAUUAGGAGCAGGGAGAGCGAGGAGGAAGAGGAAGUCGUGGACGAAUGGAUUGAGGUGAUGGAGAAAGUGUUGCCUCUCUCCCUCAUUGCCACCAAGGGAGGCAUUGAGUCUCUCAUCUCGCUCUGCUCCACCCUCAUCGAAGAGCAAAGGAAAAAGACACAAAUAUCCAGACACACCUUUUGGCGGGGCUGGUGGGACAUUAGCUCCCCCAAAUCGACAGCUCACCGUCAGCCCCUAAGCCCGGAGCAGAUGCUGCAGGAUAGGCACACCACCUGCACGAGGGUCUCGGAGGUGACGAGCAUGCUGCAGGAGCUCCUGGACUCGGCCAUGUUCAGCAGGGGCGAGGUCAAGGCCAUCAGGUACAUGUCAGCCACCGUGGAGAACCUCAGCAAGGCCUUGAUGCUGCAGCACAAGGAGAACAGGAGCCUGGAGAGCAAAUGCCAGUGCCUGCAGGCGGAGAUGACCAGGGAGCUCAGCCGCCAGAGGCUGCACUUCCAGAGGGCCACUGAGGCCCUAGAGAGCAAGCGGGACGCCCUGCUGAAGAAGGUCAAAGUCCUGCAGGAGAGGCACCGUGACCUCCUCCUGACAAAGCAUGCCCUAGCGUUCCAGCUGGAGAAGCUGCAAGCGGCCAGAGGUCAAGCAGGAGACCUGCCCCAGGUCCUCGCUGAGUCCCCGGGCCCCUUAGAGAAAGAAAGCUCCCCAAAGGACAGACGGCUCAUGGAGGAAACCCACCCAGAAGCGCAGAAGAGGGAGCAGGUGUCUUCCCCAGCUUUCUCUAGUCCGGUGACCCUGGCCUGGGACGGUGGGGCCAUGCCCCCAGCACAUCAGCCGCUGUCCACCAUGACCAUGCAUUCGAGGGUCGCGGAUGUGUUCAACAGCAAGGACACAGAGGGCCUGGAGCCCCCACUGAUCUCCUCCUUGGAUCACAAGCUUCCUAAGAAGCAGGAAAGCCUGGGGCCGGGAGCUGGAGACCGCAGGGACCACUUCGAGGAGAAGGGGGGCCUCCACGUGAAGUCUCGUUCGGGGAGGAGCUCCAGCAAGGCUCCCCCUGAGAGCCAGGGCGGGUGCUUGGAGGAGGAGCUCAGCAGGGAGAAGCAGAGGCCGCCGGAGGAGGAGUGGGAGGAGGAGACAGGGCUACCGCUGCAGGAGUGGCCAGCGCGGGAGCAGCUGCAGCCAUGGGAGAUGGAGUGGACAGCCAGGGGGCAGCCUCAGAGGUCCCAGAAGCAGCCAGAGAGCCCGAGGAGGGGGCUGGGGCAGCCACUGGAGGACGUGGACAGGACGGUCUGCACGACCACCAGUCAGCGGAGGAACAAGAAGGCAGAGCCAUUGCCAGCGCCUCCCCCGAGUUGGGCCCGAUCUGCUUGCCAAGGCAGGAGGCCACACUUGCCCAGGUCCCCCAGCACCCGGCAGCCCAGGACCAUGGGUGCAGUGGAGUUUACUCAGAAGCCCUGGGCCUGCAGGGUCCCCAUGGAGCCCAAGAAGUCUGCCUCCUUCCCCAUCACCGGGACGCCCGUCCGGAGGGUGGCCCAGCCCUCUCGGCAGAGGUCCCUGGGCACUCUGAGGGAGAAGACAUUCCACCUGGACACGGAGGCCCAGCGGAAGAACCUGCAGCUCCUGAGGGAGGCGUCGGGGUUGGGGCUGCCCCACCACCUGCACAGCAAGGCGUCGGAGCUCAUCGCCGCCACCCUGGAGCUGGGCGUGCUCAGGCUACAGUGCUUAUGCCACAAGUAUAUCCUCUACCGGCGCUUCCAGGGCCUGCGACUGGAAGUGAUGAGCCGCCUGCUAGCCUCGCGAGAAUCCGGGGCUGCCUCCGAGGCUCAGAACCUCUGUGGCUUGCUGGAGCGCAUGGACCGGCGGCAGAGCCUCCAGCUGCGGGCCUGGGCCGACAGGCAGAAAGGCCUGGAGGAGAAGCGCCAGGAGUGCCUGAGCAGCAUGGUGACCAUAUUCCCCAAGAGUGACAGCAAGGCAGAGAAAGAGAGAAGAGAGAGGCCUUUCAUCUUCUGGUUCACUCCCUAAAUGGCCACAACAGCCAGAGCUGUGCCGAUCCAAAGCCAGGAGCUUCUUCUGGGUCUUCCACGCAGGUGCAGGGGCCCAAGGACUUGGGCCACCUUCUACUGCUUUCCCAGGCCACAGCAGAGAGCCGGAUCAGAAGUGGAGCAGCGGAAACUUGAACCGGUGCCCGUAUGGGAUGCUGGCACUGCGGGCGGCAGCUUUACCUGCUACCACAAGCACCACUCCCACACCCCCAACAUGGUUUUGCUUUGCAUUUUCUUGAUCUUGUUAAGUGCCUUUUGGCCAUUUUUACAUCAUCUUGCAAUAAAUGUCUGUUCAGGUCCUUUGCCCAUUUUUAAAGGUGGGUCAUAUGUUUUCUUGCAAUUGAGUUGUAAAGCUCUUCUUAGACUAAUAAAACUUCCCUUGCCUUUUCCCGGUGUUAACAAGAAGGAUGAAGGCAGUGGCAACAUCUGCACAUUCUUCUCCGCCCACACUUCCUGUUAUUUUUAACACAGGGUGUACUAUAAUAGGGAUUUGCGGACAGCAGUGUGUCUUGCGUGGCAGCAAGAUGACAAGAUCCCCAUACUCUGUGAUGGUAGGAAAGGGAUUUAUUUGCUAGCUACACAGAGGGAGCCCCUGGCCAACUGGAAUGUACUUGGACUUUUCUCAGAAAUAUCAACAUUUAAAACAUCAGACGAGAGUCAUUGCAGGCAUCACAUACGGAACACUCUAGGUAUGGUAAGAUUAUCUUUUUUUAAGAUUUAUUUAUUUGAAAGGCAGAGUUAAAGAGAGAGAGAGAGAGAGAGAGGUCUUCUAUCCACGGUUCACUCCCCAAAUAGCUGUUAACAGCCAGGGCUUGGGCCAGGCUGAAGCCAGGAGCUAGGAGCUUCAUCCAGGUCUCCCAGAUGGGAGCUGGGACCCAAGCACUUGGGCCAUCUUUUGAGGCUUUCCCAGGCCAUUAGCAGGGAGCUGGAUCAGAAGUGGAGCAGCCAGGAACCAAACCUGUACCCGUACGGGAUGCCGGCCUCUCGGGCAGUGGCUUUACCCACUACACCACAAUGCCAGCCCCGGGAAGAUUAUCUUAAGGACUCUGUUUAUCCCAAAGGGCUUGGGAUGACUGCCAAGGUCACCCAGAGGGCAAGAUGGUGGUUAUGACAAAGAGAGCUACAUGGAUCCCUACAUAUAGGAGCAAAUAUUUGAAAAUUAUAUAUUUGGCAGAUGUAUUAAAAAUUCCUACACAUCAAUAACAAGAGCAAAUAACUCCAUUUAAAAAUGGGGAAAUGACGUGAAAAGGUAUUUCUCCAGGCACACAAAUGUACACAGCACAAAAAAAGAUAUUCCAGUGAUCAUUACCAAAAUGAAACUCAGUAAUGCAAUGAGAUUCCACUUCAUACCCAAUUGGAUAGCUGCUACCCAAAAGAGAAAAAACAGGCUGGCAUUGUGGCAUAGCAGGUAAAGCUACUACCUACAACGCUGGCAUCCCAUAUGGACACCAGUUCGAUUCUUGGCUGUUCCAUUCCGAUCCAGCUCCCUGCUAAUGGCCUGGGACAAGCAGUGAAGGACGGCCUGACUACUUGAGCCCCUGUUACCCACGUGGGAGACUCAGAGGAAGCUCCUGGCUCCUGGCUUUUGCUGGGUUCUUCUGUGGCCAUUGCAGCCAUCUAGGGAGUGAGCCAGUGGAUGGAAGACCUCUCUCUGUCUCCCUCUCCUUAUCUCUCUCUCUCUCUCUCUCUCUGUAAUUCUUUCAGAUAAAUAAACCUCUUUUAAAAAAGAAAUAAAAAACCAGAAACCAAAACUAAGUGUUGGUGAGGUUGUGGAUUGGCUACUUGUGCACUGUUGGUGGGAAUGUGAAAUAGCACAGGUACUGUGGAAAAUAAUUCCCCCAAAAUUAAAAAUAAAGGAUCCCAUAUGGUUUAGCAUUCCACUUCUGAGCACAAACUCAGAAAGAAUUGAAAGCAGAGUCCCAAACAGGUAACUCGUCUUUGUAGCAACGUCAUUCCCUAAAUUUUCCAGUGACCACCAGCAGAUGGAGCAUAAAGCAGCGUGGUAUAUACACACAUCCAGUGGAAUAGCGACACUCCGCCGAAAGGAAAGAAAUCCUGACACGUGCCACAGCGUAUGUGAGCUUGGAGGACAUUAUGCUGAUGAGAUCAGCCAGUCACAAAAAGGCAAAUACUAUAUGACUCCACUGUUAAGAGGUACCAAUUAGGGGGCCAGCACUGUGGCUCAGUAGGCUAGGCCUUUGCCUGCGGUGCCAGCAUCCCAUAUGGGUGCCGGUUCAAGUACUGGCUGCUCCACUUCUGGUCCAGCUCCCUGCUAAUGGCCUGAGAAAGCAAUAGAAGAUGGCCCGAGUGUUUGGGUCCUGCACCCACAUGGGAGACCUGGAGAAGGCCCGGGCUCCUGGCUUCUGAUUCGCUCAGCUCCCUCCAUUGCGGCCAUUAGGGGAGUGAACCAGCAGAUGGGAGGCCUCUCUAACUCCGCCUUUCAAAUAAAUAAAUACUUCUUUAAAAAAAAAAAAGAAAGAAAGAAAAAGAGGUACCGAUAGGUACCAAUAGAUUCACAGAGAGAGUACAGGAGCGGUAGGGAAGGGACACAAGGAAUUCCUGUCUAGCAGGCAUAAGGCUUUAUGUUUGCAAGAAAAGAAGAGUUUUGGAGAUUAGUAAAAUGCUAAAAUUUCUCCCUUGUGGAAUCUCUGAUAUUUAUUGAGACUGGAGUUUUAUUUAAAGGAUCCCCCCACAUUCAUGAAGCAGGUAAACCUCCCUUCAUUAUGGAUUUUCUGGUGAUGAAUCAGGUGACCUGGGACUUUAAAAAUACAAUUAUUGGGGAGCUGGCGCUGUGGCACAGCAGGUUAAUGCCCUGGCCUGAAGUGCCAGCAUCCCAUAUGGGUGCCUGUUCAAGACCCGGCUGCUCCACUUCCAAUCCAGCUCUCUACUAUGCCCUGGGAAAGCAGUAGAAGA